UGUAUUUCCCAUCAGGCCCAUGGAUUGGGUGUCCAUAACAUCCUUGUUGUUGUGGCAAUAAUCCUCUUUAGUAGUAAUGGAUGCUGUAAUAUUGUUAUAUAUUAUUACACUUGCGCUGAAACAUAAAAACACAUUUGUAGGCCACGGUUUGUUUGAAAUAUUAUAUUGUAGAUCAAUACAUCUCUUUCUCAGUUAUCUAGAGUAACUACGUUAGCUAGCUAGCAAGUUAGCUGCAAUUACUGUUAGCCUCAAUAAGUUCAGUAGCAACGAGGUCAGAUAGCUAACGUUACAGCAGCUAGCUAACUUGCAAGUGUGUACGUAUUGACCUGCGGUCGGGGAAAAAUGGCAAACCUCUUCCAAAAGACAAAGUGGGGACAGGAAUCAGAGGGAUGCACGACGAGAGAGGACACACAGGAGGGCACGAGCCGAUAAACAGAAAAAGGAGAAUGAUUUCGCGAUACAGCAGGAGAACAGUAUCGCACAAUCUUGAGGUUCGGGGCAUAUCCCGAAGUAGCCUUGACCAUCACCCUCUCCCAGAGGAGGUAGACAAUGACUUCCUCCCCCAUUGCCUCCUCCAUGACCUUCAGGAAGCUGUCUCCACUUACAACAGCUCGGAGAUGACAUCUGCAGCCUCUCGCCGGUCAGACUGUCCAACGGCCACUACUGGAGACACGACGCGGCCCUGGUCUGGGAUCCACAGCUACACAGAGACGGGUAUCUCUACAGAGAGGAGCUCUGUCUUCUCCUGGGGCUAUGAUGAAUUUGACAAGGUGGCGUCGCGACAGGUGCAGCAGAUGUUUGAGGAGAUUGACGAGGAGCUUUAUGAGGGGCGGGGUGGGGCACAUCUACGGGGGCUGCAAGAUGAGUGCCAUCAGUGGGCCUUCAGGUUCCCUCACCUACGGAUUCUAGGUAGUCAGCUUGUGUGUCCCAAUGACGAGGGCUUCCAGUGGUACGCCACUUCAGGGGAGGGGACCGGGACAGCCAGCAGCAGUGGAGCUGGACAAAAGGACAGCAUCAGUAGCAAGCCCCAGGACAAGGACAAGCCUGGCCCCUGCACAGAUCUGUGUGUGCAAGGUAGGAAGGCUGUGCUGUCCAGGCCCAGUGAGGAUGUUGACCACCCCCCUGGUACUCCCAGUGGAUCCAGAGGUCAUGACAGGCCCAGGGUGAUCGAGGCUGAAGGCCUGAUGGAGGAGUACCUGGCCUUUGACUGCAGUGAUUUGGAUGACAAGUGGGAGCGGGGGUGCAUGGGGGCUGGUCGGCGGUGGUACGGCCUGCCUCCGGUGUCUCCCUACCGCUGUCGCAGACAGGCAGUCCUCGACCUGCUGUUUGACGAUGUGUGGCGAGAGCUGUUUGGCUGGAUGGAGGAGCUGGUCCGCAGGCACUGGGAGGGCUGUGUGUCAGAUGAUGAGAAAAAUGCAGUGAACUUCAGCCCAUCCCAGUCAGAUGCUCAGAACCCUUUCCUGCUCCUGUCCACACUGCCCAGUCUGCUCCCCAGGCUGGGCCAGAGCAGGGUUCCCCAGCUAACAGGAACCCCGCAACCCCAGACCACAAAAUCAAGGGGCUCAAAGCACAAGCCCAGACGGAAAUCCAAAAAGCAGAAAAAAUCAUCUACCAUAUGCAACUCUCACCUAGAGGCAAAAUGUUGCCGAUCGACGCCAUCCACAGCGUUCAGUCGGGUCCCAGUAGAGGCGGCGGUGACACAUCACAACCUCAACGAACUCAUAGUCAUCCACGGCAUCCCCCUGCAGCAGAGGAACCUGGGAGUGAUGGAGAGAGCCCAGUAUGGAGACCAUAAGGACCCUGAGGAGAGGGUGAUGACCCAUAGGCCAGGGUCCACCGUGAUUCCGUCUAGCAAGCUACGUCCUCGCCGGGUGCUAGAGCAGAGCUCCUCCUCCCUGUCCCGCCCUGCCCAGUCGGCGAGACGCCGUAAACCGCCUCCACGCACCCUUUUGCCCUUGGUUCCCAGCCUGACGCAGUCCAGUGCCGCUGGCUCCAUGGAUGAGGUCAUCCGUGGAACGCGCCUACCCACAGCCAGUGACCGCCUGGCCUCUCCUCCGAUGCCUCUGAGCAGGAACACACUCCUUCCUCCCAUCGGCACUGGGGACGCUGAGCCCAGGCACUCUGGACAGCACUUCAGACCUACUCAGCGGCAUAGAGACUCGUCCAGUCGUGCCCACAGUGCUGUUACAGAUGAAGCAGGUAGUUUGCUUGCUCGGGAUCGGCUUCAUCAAUUGGACGUAUUCUCCCGUCCCAACACCACCCACACCUACAGGUCAGACACCCCUUACCGCCGCUCCUUCACGGUUCUGGACAACAUUGGACAGGGACGUCCUGGCAGGGCAUCUGUGGGUACAGACUCUCUGGGCAUCGGAGUGACGGGCAUCAGUUUGGGCAUCAGCAGCUCCUCCUUCCUGGACUCCUUUGCCCACCACCCCCUGGGCCACUCCCCCAUUGAAGAUGAGGAGGAGCCUGAUACACAAGCCCCUCCCCCAGCUCUACUGGUGCCUGUUUCAGUCCCAGCAAGCUCCCACAACCGGGGUGGCUUCAUGUCCCGCAGUAGCAGACCUGGGUUGUAGCUGCUUUGACCUCACCCACCUCCACCUUCUCUAACCACACUCUCCUCAGCACAGCAGGGUGCAAGCCCUGCUUCCAAUCCCAACGGUGCCCUCAAACGACACUUUAUACAGAAGCAGAUCUUUUGUACAAUGUACUGUUUGGUGAUUUUAUUUAUUGAUGCUUUUUGUUUUUCGAGAGCCUUAUUUUUGUAUUUUGGAACUCUCAGCUUACCUGGCUGCCAAAGAUAGUAAACUGUCUCAUUUACCACCUGUAUGUCGGUAUGUACUCUACCGUUCAAAAGUUUGGGGUCACUUAGAAAUGUCCUUGUUUUUUAAAAUAAAAGCACAUUUCUUGUCCAUUAAAAUAACAUCGAAUUGAUCAGAAAUACAGUGUAGACAUAGUUAAUGUUGUAAAUGACUAUUGUAAUUGGAAACUGCAGAUAUUUUUAUGAAAUAUCUACAUAGGCGUACAGAGGCCUGUUAUCAGCAACCAUCACUCCUGUGUUCCAAUGGCACGUUGUGUUAGCUAAUCCAAGUUUAAAAGGCUAAUUGAACAUUAGAAAACCAUUUUGCAAUUAUGCUAGCAUAGCCGGAAACUGUUGUUCUGAUUAAAGAAGCAAUAAAACUGACCUUCUUUAGACUAGUUGAGUAUCUGGAGCAUCAGCAUUUGUGGGUUCAAUUACAGGCCCAAAAUGGCCAACUUCUGAAACUAGUCUAUUCUUGUUCUGAGAAAUGAAGGCUAUUCCAUGCAAGAAAUUACCAAGAAACUGUACUACUCCCUUCACAGAACAGCGCCAACUGGCUCUAACCAGAAUAGAAAGAGGAGUGGGAGGCCCCGGUGCACAACUGACCAAGAGGACAAGUACAUUAGAGUGUCUAGUUUGAGAAACAGAUGCUUCAAGUCUUCAACUGGCAGCUUCAUUAAAUUGUACCCGCAUAACACCAGUCUCAACGUCAGCAGUGAAGUGGCGACUCCGGGAUGCUGGCCUUCUAGGCAGAGUUGCAAAGAAAAAGCCAUAUGUCAGACUGGCCAAUAA